UCAACCAGCUCCUGUGUCUUACAUCUGCUUUUUGUUGCUGGCUGAAAUGAUCCCAAAGUCAUGCUGAGCUCAAGGGAAAAAGUGGUCUGCAAUCCAAAGAUUGAAAGUGUCUCUUAAACACCUUCCCUGUCCCAUGCGACCAGGUCAGGAGCAGGACGACAAUUUGCGUGACGUGACUCUCUCUACCCAGAGGCUGCGUGUGCUGCCUUCAGCAGUCCUGAGCAACCCCGCACUGGAGAGCCUUGACCUUGACAGAAACAAGCUCAGGAGCAUCACUGGCAUCUCUAAACUUUGCAAUCUGAAGAAGCUGAUGCUCUCCAAGAAUGAGAUUGUGGACUUUCCCAGUGAAAUCCGGAGCCUUGUCUGUUUAGAGAAGCUUGAGCUGAAUCAGAACCAAAUCCGGGUCAUCCCGGAGGGAGUUUUUGCCCAUCUCCCCAGGCUUAAACACUUGCGGCUGAAUAAUAACCGUCUCAGUGCCCUCCCCAGCGACCUGGCAGCUUGUCAAGGCAGCCUCCAGUACCUCAACAUCUCCAACAACCUGUUCCGGACCUUCCCCCGGCCUGUUCUGCAGCUGGGACACUUACAAGAGCUCUAUGUUCAGAAUAAUGCCCUUCGUCAGCUCCCCAAGGAGUUCUUCCAGGGGCAAUCCCUGAAAAUGUUCAAGGCAAAUGGGAACCCCCUCCGGGAGCCGCCUAGUGAAGUUUGUGCUGGUGGCAUCCAGCAGAUCCGUAAUUACUUCAGCCAGCUUCAAUACAGUUCUGGGCAGGAGGACAAGAGGGUCAAGGCCAUGUUCCUGGGGGCCUCGCUGGCAGGGAAGUCCACUAUCUGCAAAAGCCUGAAGCAAGGGCAAACCAAACUAGUGCCCAAGGAAGAGCGAACAGUUGGUAUAGAGAUCAGCGAGUUUCAGAUUGAGGACUUCACAUUUCUCUUCUGGGACUUUGCUGGCCAGCUAGAGUACUACAUGACUCACCAUGUGUUCAUAACCCCACAGGCACUUGUCAUCCUUGUCAUCAAUCUCCACAUGUACCAAACUAAUGAGAAGACUUUUAAGGAGCUUGUUGGUUUCUGGAUCAACAACCUGUCCAUGAGAGUUCCAAACUCAGUGGUGCUUCCUGUGGGAACCCAUGUGGACUGCUGUGAGGAGGAGGAGGUGGAGGAGAAAAGGCACGACAUCAUGACCAAGAUCUCGGCCAUGCUGACGGAGAGAAAAAGGAACCUUGCUCACUUCAUCAAUAAUCUGGAGGGCAGUGAGGAGCCUGAGAUUUAUGUGGACCAGUGGGAGAAGCUGAAGGAGAUGGAGAGCCGUACAUUAAAGGUCUUAAACUUAGUUGCUGUCAACUGCAUGAACCACUAUGAUAUCAGAAAGCUCGAGGCCACUAUUCUGAAGCAUGUGAAGAAUGAAGAUCUCUUCCCUGAGGUUGUCCGAGUGCUGCCGCCUAUCUACAGGCAGGUGGAAGCUGCCAUCAUAGAUAUCACACAGAGUGAGGAAAUGGCAAACCAUGGUAUGAUGGACCUCCAGUACCUGCUCAGUAAACUCUCCCAGUGUAAGCACCUGGCCAGCCUGGGCAGAGAGCUUCUUCAGGACAUAUUGCGGUACCUCCACCGCAUUGGGCUUGUUGUGUGGUAUGAGGAAAUCAAGCACCUGGAAAGCACUGUUUUCCUCCAGCCUACCUUCCUAAUAACUAUGUUCAAGCUCCUUGUGAGGUACUGCCUAGCUCAGCAGCUUGAGAGCAUCCCUGUGGACACGCUGAUUGGGGAACAUGCCACCAUCAGAGACAGGUCCAACUGGGUGUGGACCUUCAAGUCAAAGGCAAUGCUGUGCCACCGGGCUGUGCGUGCCUUGGUGAAGCACCAGCUCUCUUCAGAAGGGAUGCGGGAUGUCUUUGAGGAAAUAAUGGGAUACAAGCCCCACAGAGGGAGAGGGAAGCUCUUCAGCCUCCUUGAGCACUUUGAGCUCUGCCUGGAGGUAAGACACACCGAAGUUCUCAACCCACAUGCCAGUGAGUUUGUUCCUGGAAAGCCAUGGGAGACAACACGAGGCCAAGGCGAGUCCUGGUACUUGUUCCCAACCUAUCUGAACCAGACCGAAGAGGUCUCUGAGGUGUGGGGAGGAGAUCACCCUGAGGACCUCCACAUCCGUGCCUACUUCUCACCUGAAAUACCUGAGGGUUUCUUCCAGAGGCUCUUGGUGAAAGCUUGCUCCUUUUACUCCACACACUGGGUGGCCAAGGUGACCUGCUUACUCAUAUGCAAUGGCAAACCUCUGCUGAUCAAAGAGAACAACCAGAGGGCCUACAGCUACCUGGAGCUUCGCUGCAGAAAACCAGCAGAAAGGAUGGGUUUCCAGGUUGCAUGGGACUUCCUCAUGGCAGUUGUGUUCAUCGUCCAGAAGCUUGCCGAGGAGUGGCCAGGGCUGCAUGUGUGCAUGAAGAGCCCGUGCCGAACAGCUGGCUGUCCUGCAGAGCUCAUCUGGCCAGACAUGGAUGGCACAAAUGCCGUGACAAAGGAAGAUGUUAAAACCUGUGGGACAUGCAGGCACCGCUUUGGCACAGAGCUGCUCCUGCCCAAAGUGCCCAGGAAGCUGGAGGAGCCCCGGAUGCAGACUUCUGCUCAUUAUUAUGUGACAAGCUAUGGGACCACAACCUUUGGGCACAGCAGCAUCCAUGUCAAUCAGCAGGUAAGGAGGCUGCCACCUCCCCUUGCCCAGGGUGCAACACUGGUGGCCAGGCUCAUCCUCUCCCCUUGUUCCUGAAAUGAGGGAGGGCAGCUACUUCCAGCCUGGGGAGGGACACCCCAUCUUUCAGCAAAGCUCUGGUUACCAUGCUCCUCCCUGAGAUACCACUACCUCUGUAGUAUCAUAUUGUAGCUCCUGCCUUAUUUUUCCAGAACAUUUCA